GCGACUUCUCAAAUGCCUCCUCCUCUGCCGUAUUCCUUGAGCCCGCAUAUUUGCACCCUAGCAUCGCCGGACCUACAAGAGUUACUGUCAGCAUCAUCGCUUCCACCAUUACAAGAUGUCCUCGAGUCAUUCUCGCCUUUGCCAAACAUUACAACACGGACGACGGCAUUAACUACUGUUCAACAUGCAAAGUUCACGUUGCGCUUCUCGGACUUAGCAGAAAUAGAAACCGCUUGCAAAGAGGACGAAGAGCAACGGGCAGGCCGAUUCAUAGACUGGAUCAGUUCGCGUGUCACUGCAAAAUGCUCGCGAUGGGUCGAGGAAACGGAACGUUGGGAAGCUGAAGCGUCCGAGUCGAACCGGGACAGGCUAGCAGAAGCUCCAGAACCGUGGUGGGAGGAGAUGAAGCGUUGCGCGGAAGGGGACCACGUACCAUCUAGAGCUGAGGGCUGGAACCAUCCAACUUCUAUUCUAUACGCUAUCUCGACAAAUACUCCAAAUCCGUUGAAUGCUCUAGCAGUCCUGUACGCUCGUCAAGUGGGCUUGCCCACCUGGGUAGACAGUGUGCAUCUCCGGUACAUCAUAAUCGUUCAUUCAGAAGGAUCCAUUCUCAACGAUGACGAGGCAAAUGCAUUAUUCAAUGCCAUUAGGAAACAGUAUGGAUUGAAUACAUAUCUGCUUCAACUUUCCCUCCCAUCGCCCCCUCCUCCUCCUGUUUCUACUGUUAUCCUUCACCCCAGGCUUCCAGUCUCUGCUGAGCAGGAUGGAUCUCCGACUAGAUACCAAGGUGCAUCGCAACAGAAUUCCCGUAAAGAAGGCAAUGUCAUCGAAUCUGGUAACUUAAUACGCAUGUGUGAUUCGGACAUACAAGCAACGGCACAAUUUGUGCGCGAAUUUGUAACAACAGGUCUCAUACCGUGGAUGGAGAAAUGCGUCAUCGACUGGAACGAAACUUACGCCUCUAAUCGUCGUUUACCUUCCCGACUCUUUUCAACUACUCGUCGCUUUUUCGGAUCGUCCUAUUCUGCGUCACCAUCGCCAUCAUCCUCUCCAUCUUCUCCGACGGGUGCAGGGCAUGCGUAUUCAAAUUCAGCGAGUUCGACAAGUAACGGCUCAAUGAUACCUAUGCAGCAACGUCGACUUGCAGAAUUCGCCACGAUGCUAGGAGACUUCAAACUUGCAGUCAGCGUUUGGGAGAGCUUAAGGAAGGACACGAGGGGCACCGUUGGUUCUGACAUUCUCCCUCUACUUCUUUCUCCAUCUGAAGCAUUGCAACUUCACGCUAUGAACGCGAUCUCAUUACAAUCCAUGGGAAGUAAAGAGGCAUCUGCAAGAGCCCAGGUUCGGAGUAUGGCUUAUGCAGUACGUUGGGAGCUUGGGAUCGGCAUGAGCGACUUUCUCAGUGAUAUUCUCGAUGGAGACCGAUGGCUAGUGUGGGCUGCAGGAAAUGCAGAGGAAACGCCUUCGGCAUUGCUACUCGCCCAUGCAGCUCUGUUAAGUUUUCGUAAAAGCUGCAUACGGAGGUCAGCAAUGUUGUACGUCGUAGCCGCGAGGCGCUUAGAGAAGAUCGGAAUUAGACCUCUUACGCUCUACUUCCUGCGGAAAGCGCAUACCUACUUUACACAUCCUCCAGAAAAGUUCCUGUCCCCCUUGUUUGACGAUGCAGAGAAUCGGCUUCUAGGGCAAGAGCCUUUCUUUGACGCUGUGGUGCCCAGUAUCGAACACUCCAUCGGUCGUCUGAUGUAUACAGUUGGUGAAACCGAGACGGCCGUUAGGUUGUUCCUAGGUCUUUUACGAGGUUCUCCUACUUCCUCCGUGUCGUACGACAUGAGUAUAGCAGACCAUGUCCCUUUGCAAGAGGACACAGGUGUUGACAAAGCAUUCUUAGAAGACUUUCGACUCUCAUUUGAACAUUUCAUUGCGACAAGUGGAAAAGACGCGAUUCCGAAAGACUUGAAGUUACCUUUCAAGUUUUCGAGACCGAAGUCUGUCAAGGUACGUCUUCCAGACGAGCAUCUUCCACAGGACGCGUCUACUUGGGAGGAAAGAGAGUCCCAAUGGCGGAGCUUCUGGAAGGACAAGGGGAAUCAUGAGCUAAAGGCAGGUGGAACUGCGUUCGUCGGAGAGCUAAUAUGGGUCGAUGUUACACUUUGCAAUCCGCUGAAUGUCGCGGUAACAUUGACCAACGUCACGCUGUGCGUGGAUAGCGACGAGAACGAAGAGGCCUCAAAUAAUGGUCCUGAAGUAGAGGUAGUUGAUGAAAUAUACCUCAAUGCAAAAGAGCGCAGAACGGUCUCAAUAGCAAUCAAAAGCCAUAGCCCCUGCAACCUAACGAUAACUAAGGUAUCAUACGCGUUUCUAGGUCUCCUACUAGCAUCAGAAUCACUUGCCGUUCGAGGAAGGCGUCUGCAAGAAACGGCGUUGCAACGUCAAAAUAAGAUGUACGCUCCUGACGUGCUGCCAAAUGUGCAAGUCGAGGGACGAGAACAGCGUCUCGCGGCCACCUAUACGGAUAAGCAAUCUGCCAUCCUCGCAAGUGGCGAGAUGAUUCGCAUAUCGUUACGACUGGAGAAUGUUGGAACAAAGACGAUAGGUGAAAUCUGGCUUGUACACGGCUCUUCCAAUGAACUCUGGUUGGAUAGCGAAGAGGGUGAAUCUGCACCAGGGAGCUCGAACGAACUUCUGACGUCGACGAAUUCCAUUCGUCCCCCGACGCCUUUGAACAUUCCGCUGCAGGCCCUCCUUAGUAGCGAUAAUCUUCAGCCAGGAGAAUCAGUCGACAUCCCUUUGGUUUUGCACGCUCCCGAAGUGCGUCGCUUGGACUUGUUUUGCAUGUUGGCUUUUCGCGAGACGGAGAGCGAUGGUUUCCGUAGCAUGUGCUUAAAGAGGUCAUUCGAUGUCAAGCCCUUCCUCGAUGUUUCCGUAUCCUCCGCUCCCAGCGCCCAUUUGGGAUAUCUGUUUUCUGUCAAUAUGCAAGUACAAAAUCUGAGUACUUCUGCGGAAGUAAACAUCUCAGGCGUAACAACUCUGAGUCCUACGUGGGAGUGCGAGCUCCUAGGUGAAACACCAUGUGGACUCCUGCCGCCUAGCCAGACAAAACAGGCGGUCUUUGGCGCAAAUCGACAAGACGUUGAUCCAUCAUCUUCCUCAGCGACCCAAAGCUUCGUGAUAUCCAAACUCGUCGAAGUUAUGGAUGGUCAGGCCGUAUCUCCGUCAGAUCCCCCUCCAAUAGACUUGCAAUGCUGUAAUUUUCACGAGCCUGACUCAAAGUGGACGUUAUCUUCCCCUCAAAUGAAACACUUACUCCAUGCUGGCAGACGACGAGUAACCUCCGAAUCCGUCAAAAUUGCGCAUCCACAUAUCCCUCCAUCCUCCCACCCACACAUAUUCCCUUUGUACAACCCCUCCGCAACAGAUGUCGUCCUCUUCUGGGACAUACCAUCACUAAAUCGUUCUGGUUUUCUACUCGUCACUGGACUCUUGUUAGGAGCUUCGCACGCAGCUUUGCGUGACGUCAUCCAAGAAGUGGAACAACGAAAGGCCAAGCGUAGUAUGUUCGCCGAGACGCAGCGCGAAAGAGAAGAUAUCCUGGAAGCCAUAAGGAAUAGUGAAUGGAAUAUGGAGAUGAACCCUCUGAUAACGACCGUUCGUUGUGAUGAGGUUGUGUAUCACGACUUCUCCACUGGACCGUGCACUGUUCCUAUAACCUUUGACCUACGAAAUUACUCUUGCACACAUGACGUACGAUUUGUGUUGAGGCUGGCAUCUCAGGAUACUGCAUCCCAGGACGGCUUGCUACCUCCCUCUUUCUCUGGGCGCAUGACACGAAGAGGCGCACUCGCGCACGGGCAGCAAACUAAUGUUAUCAUGAAGAUGUGGAUUUCACAACCUGGAGCUUAUUCACUUAGCGGGUGGAAAGUGGAGACAGAAGUGAUGGAAUCAGAUAACCCGUCAGAUCCUCAUACCACCCCACUGUCAACUUCAAUUCCAUCACCGGAACGUCGAGUCCGGCAUCGAUAUGUAGAAGAGUCACCUCUUCAGCCUGUCAUUUCUGUAAUUGUGAUACAUCGCACAUAG